AUGGCUCACAGAUUAUUAGUUAAUGUCAUCUUCACCGGUGCAUCUGUUUUUGGACGUGCUUUCACUGAAGCAUACAAGCAGGCGGCCAAGGCCACCGCCGCUACACCCCAAGGUGGAGCUGCCAAAUCCUCGUCAGUUGGCGGUAUUCCAACCGAAGAAGCACUCAAAAUCUUAGAUUUGAAGAAAUCUGACUUAUCGCUUGAUAAAGUAGACGAGAAAUAUGCGUACUUGUUCGAUGUGAAUUCAAAAGAAAAGGGUAAUUCAUUCUAUUUACAAUCCAAGGUGUACUAUGCGAUGGAUAGUCUUCGUAAGGAGUUGGAGUAUCUUGAUAAGUUAAAGAAGGCCAAGGAAGGCGGCCAGGGUGAUGCUGGUCCUACACUGACGUGA